CGGUUCGCCUGCAAAAUCCGCCGAUAUAGUUCGCACUCGUGCACAUGUGUCGUCGCCCGAAGACGUCGACGCGCGAUGCACCUGACACCUUUAUCGUCUGGUGAAUUCUGCGGUGGACGGCUCUCGACGUCGAUGAAUUAGAAACUGUCAGUUAAGUACGCGAACGGAGUUAGAGAGACUAGGGAGGAUAGGAAGAUUGUGAUGUGAGAAGAGAGUUUGAUCGGUUGACACGAUCGUCGUUGCGAUGAUAUUUUCUGCAACUUCCAUCGCAAUUUUUGGCGUUUGAGUGUGGACGAACUGGAAGGAACUUAAAACCGCGUUUCGAGUGAGAAUCUAAAUAAAGAACUAUGCAACGCGACGGCUGAGGCGGGGCGCGGAGUGCGUCGCCCCGAACGAGAUAUGCGAGAGUGAGUAAGAAUGGUACAGCAAGACGCGUACAGCGGCGAGACGAGCGCAUCCCUCAAUGGCGUACCGAACGGCGACCAAGAAGGAGGAAACACAUCCGGUGUUGUCUCGACGGAUGCGGUGGUAGCGCGAGGUGCCGUCACCAGUGAAACGACCUCUCUGACACGUGGCAACGGCAGGUUUUCCCUGUUCAAGUGGUUCAAGCGCAAUCGCAAUUCAACCGUGGAGAAACGAAGGAGAACGAGCGCUAAGUUGGACGAUGAUGACAUCGUCCGACGACACAGUAGCGUCUACUCCAGCGUGGAGAGCGUAGACACCUUCUACAGCACCACCACAGUCCGCAGUUUUGCGUUCCAUACGGGAACUCUGAACCGUUGCAACGUGCUGUCCCUGGACAUCCUCAAGCAGGCCGCCGAGGUCGGACCGUUCGCCGCCGGAGCGUCAAAGGUGUCUAACGUUAACAAGGAGAACAACGCUUCGGUGUUCGUCACAUUACCGACGAGCGCUCACUCCAGAAGACAGGACAUCACUACCAGAUACUCGCUGCAUCCGUCAACGACUUUCGGCUCGUGCGAGAAUUUUUCAACACACGAGGGAAACUCACCGGACUCGAGGAGACCAGAUGAACGCACGAGAGCUAGUUACAAUGGAUCCGUGCGUCGGCGUGUUUACGUGAAGGGAAAACGAAGAGCGCCCAAUCCUCCGGUCAAAGUCGUGGAGGUCGAUGUACGCAAAACGCCCGCGAAGAACAGCGGCAGACGAAAACGACGGGCGCCACCACCUCCGGAAAACGUGACUGUUCCGUCAAAUUGUUCUACCGAGGAACGAGCUCAAUCAAAACUCGUCAUCAAUGGCGGCAACAUGGAGAUAGAAGAGAGAAAGAAUGAAGAAAGACAAUCGAUCAGUAACGACACACUGAUUCUCCAGGACGGCAUGCUGUUAUCGAAGAAAGAAGUUUGCGGCAGUCCCAAGACCACCAAGAAUAAUGACGACGUCGCGUCAUCCAAUAUGACAGUUCAGCAAGAAAGAGCGCAAAGUCCCAUUGGCACUUUGAACGCGAACAUGUCGCGACCUUGGUACAAACGUAGUGUCUUCGAGCACUCUCGCGAUUCCGGAACGUCUAAGAGAAGCUCUGUUUUUCGCAGCCCUGCGAUGUCCAUCGAGGUAAAAGAGGAAAGUGUCGGGACGAGUAUGUCAAAUCCUUCGAAUUAUUCUGUUGAUGCUUCUCUGUCGAGAUUAAGUUUUUUCCAUCGGCAUAACGAUGACAGAAAACGGCAGGAGGCUAAACGGAAGUCCGGCCUGUCUAUUCUAACGAACAUCAGCGAACUAGACAAAGAAGCGGCAGCAAUCGUGCAGGAAGAACAGGCGCGAACGCGGGCGUUGUUGAAGACGUCAAAGUUUACCGACGCUUUUGAAAACAGGGACGACGUUAACGAGGAAAUUGUUCAGGACAUGAUUACCUCGGCGAUGGAGAAUUCGUCGCCCCGACGAAGCACGCGCGCGUUGAUCUCAAAAUUUAAUGCCAUCAGCAACAUCACCAAAGUUACGGUCAACGCCAAUUUCUUUGCUAGAAGAGAUCAACCGAGUUACAAGUUCGAGCGAGAUGCAGCAAGAAGUAGUAGAUUCGAACAGGGCGGAGAUUGGAGAAAUCAGAGAUUCUCGGUCCAGCAGGAUCUCGGUCAAAGCGUUCGCGUUGAUAAAGAUAUUUCCAAGUACUUCUUGCCGCACCAGAGAUCAUCGAGGAGCAAGCCCGAAUCGACACAUGCAGACGUGAAGCCAACGGACAUUAAAAUUGCAUCAUGCAAAGAACAAAAUGAUUUACUGAUGAAAGACACAUCUACUAGAAUAUCGUUGUUACAAAGUCAACUGGCUGCGAAUCGAGCGGGUGAAUCGUCAAGUACCGAGAAGAACAUUGCGUUAUCAGAAGAUAACAUUAAACAGCGACAAGAAAUCACCAAAGAAAAGAAGAACAACAAUAUGCCGAGACCGAACAGUGAAACUAAUAGAAAAUGUUUGUUUUCUCGUGCUCGCAACUUAGCUGAAAGCACGGAAGGGGCAUUGGAGAAGGCAGAGAGAGGCCGAGAACGAUUGGAGGGAGCACAAAAGGAUUUCUCGGACAUAUUCGACGAGAUCGACCGACAGCUGCGUUCAAGAGAGUUCAAGCUGAUUGAGCGAAGACCAGUAGUUGAAUCCGACAAGAGCAAAGUUCCGAAGGAUGAAGCAGUAUCGAGCAAAGUGGCCAAAGUGCUUGAUAUCUUGGUGGAAGCCGAGAAGGAAAGUAAGACGAGAUCGGUGAUACAGUCGGAAAGAUCGAUGCAAGACAAGGAAACAUCGCGUUUGAUUGAUGCGGAUCAGAAGGCGAAGUCUGGCAAGACAAAAUCAACUGCCCUCAAUACUGUCGAGGACCCAAUUACCACGGAUUUGAAGGAGAUGCUGAAGGAGAUGAAGCACUCGUUACCAAAGCGGCCAAAACCGAAGAAGCCUACGUCAAACGACGACGAUGGCCUCGAAAAGGUCGACAAACGCUCGCCCGUAUCUACAAACAAGACGUCCUACGUUGCCUCCGUCACGACGACAAGAACGGAAGGAACGUCACCAAACGAUUACGAGAGAGAUAAGCAAAAGGUGUCCUCGUCGGUGCAAACCAGUGGAAACAUUCGUAGAUUAAAUCAGCCUUCUAUUUCCGCCGAGCAACCGUCCACAUCGGGUUGGAAACACGAGAAUGUGCUCUAUAGAAUUUCUGGCAAGGGCUCGGCUCUUGUGAAGAAUACUUUCCAGCUGAUACAACCGCGCGAUUUCGCUGAGAUAGAAGCUACAAAAACCACCAAUGAGAUUUCCAAGGAAAACACUUAUGCCAAUGUGAUGGAAUCGUCGCUGUAUGUCAAUGCCCACGUUCCUCCUACCUCGCCGAAACAACGACUAAAUUCGACGCGAUCUAAAGAUACAUCACAAAUUAAUCGUGUUAGAGAAUCGCUUGAUGCCGUGACCGAAAAAAACAUUACACCAAGCGACGAUGAAUCUACGAAAGACGAUUCAUCAGCGAGAAACAUGAAUACCUUGGCCAUUAAUCGAUUACUAAGAAAGCUGGAAGGUGCCAUCGCGUCGGGUCAUCAUCAGCAAGCGGCGGGAUUAGCGAAGGAAUUGGCAAGGCUCAAGAUCCAUUGUUCCGUGAUACGACAGCGUUCAGCGGCGCGUUUGAAGGAUCAGUCGAUUAAAGUCAAUAUGUAUAUUGAAGACAAACUCGCUCACCAAGGGCCCAUACCACUUCAGCUGCCGACGAGGAUGACGGUAGCCGAGCUGAAGACAAAGAUACAUACAGAGUUCGAAAUACCCACAAACGUGCAGCGAUGGAUCAUUGGGAAAAACUUGGCGGAUCGUGACGAGGCCACUCUCGACGAGCUACACGCGGAGGAUGGCUCACCGGUGUUUCUUUAUCUCGUGGCGCCUGAACAUAUUGACGAUGCAGCUCAAGCAAACAAGGUACAAUCCGUGGAGGAUAAAGUUACUGAGGAGUUGCCGCAAGAUCCGCCUACGGAAGCUUUACAGACAAUUGAAGAACAUCAAGAAAUGAUCGAAGGAGAGAAAGAAUCAGCAACAAAUGAAUGUCAGGGAGGAAAAACGGAGACAGAAGAUACAUCAAAAAACGUCAAGAUGUCAUACGAGGAACUGAUAUCGCUAGAGGACUGGGAUGUUAUUCCGAAUUCUGAGUCAAUCGAGUGUCCAAUUUGUUUCGUUACCUACGGUCCGUGUGAAGGUGUAAUUCUGAGAGAUUGUUUGCACAUGUUUUGCAGAGCUUGUAUCGUCAAUACAAUCGCAUACUGCGAAGGACCGGAAGUGAAAUGUCCAUACAGAGACGCCAAAUAUACGUGUGAAUCGACCCUUCAGGAACGUGAGAUUAAGGCGCUUGUCGAGCCGGAAGUUUAUCAGCAACAUCUAGCGAAGUCAAUCGCGCAAGCGGAAAACAACGCUGGAAACAAGGCGUUCCAUUGCAAAACGCCGGACUGUCCUGGUUGGUGUAUUUAUGACGAUGAUGUGAACAAUUUCCUGUGUCCCGUGUGCCAAGCCAAUAAUUGUCUUACCUGUCGAGCCGUACAUACUGGAAAGAACUGCAAAGAAUAUCAGCAAGAAGAACUUUCAAACAACACUGAUCAAGAAUCUAAGAGGACAGCAGCAAUGCUCAAGGAGAUGGUAGACAGAGGCGAGGCACUUCCUUGUCCCACAUGUGCUGUCGUUCUUAUGAAAAAGUUCGGUUGCGAUUGGCUAAUUUGCUCCAUGUGCAAAACCGAGAUAUGUUGGGUUACCAGAGGACCGCGUUGGGGACCGGGUGGUAAAGGGGACACAUCCGGUGGCUGCAAAUGUGGUGAAAACGGAGUCAAGUGUCAUCCUUGCUGCAAUUACUGCCAUUGAAGAACUACAAUUGCCGCAACGAUAAGUGAACGCGACGUUUACGUCACAAUACGAUGUCCCGUGGAAUUGCUUUUACAUCGUUAUUCGUACUGAUAUUAUUGACAUAAAAUAAAUUAAAAAAGUCAUAAUAUGCGUGCAAGAGUCUUUUAUAUAACUUCAAACUCUGAUGAAAGAGUAUGCAAUAAGAGUAAUAGCAUGCUGUUUGCUCAAUAAUUAACUGUAUUGCGGCACUGCCUUUUUUUGAUGAGAUUGGAAGUGAGAUAAUAAAGUGAGAGAAACACA